AUGCAGUCUCUUCCGGAGCUGGAACAGCUAUGCAACGUCCUGUACAAUGGACACGAUCCGUCGGAGCGGGCGCACGCGGAGAACGCCCUGCGCCCCUUUUCGGUCAACGUCGACUACAUCCCGCAGUGCAAGGCCAUACUGGACAGCGCGACGAGCCCUUACGCGCAGCUCUUCGCCACCUCCUCGCUCACCAAGCUCCUCACCGACAACGCGGGCCUCGGCGGCCAGCUCAAGAUCGACAUGAGAAACUACGUGAUAAACUUCCUCGCCAACAAGGGCAACUCGCUGGAGGGCUUCGUGGUCACGUCGCUGGUGCAGCUGCUGUCGCGAAUCACGAAGACGGCGUGGCUGGACGCGGAUAACGACGCGCACAGGGAGAUCGUCACGGAGGUUAUGAACUUCCUGAAGCAGCAGAACAACACGCACUACCACAUAGGGUUAAAGAUCUUCAACCAGUUGGUCACGGAGAUGAAUCAGCAGAGCCCGGGCACGUCGCUGAUCGCGCAGCGGAAGAUCGCGGUAUCGUUCAGGCACAACGCGCUCCUGCAGAUCUUCCAGGUUUCGCUUCAGGCGCUGCAGGAGCUCCAGGCUUCUCAGUCCAGCGAAGCUCGGCUGAAAGAGCAAGCCGCGUCGCUGGUCUUGGCCUGCCUCUCGUACGACUUUGUGGGCACGAGCCUCGACGAAUCGACGGAGGACAUCGGCACGAUCCAGGUGCCGUCCAGCUGGCGCUCGCUCAUCGAAGAACCCGCCACGAUGCAGCUGAUGUUCGACGUGUACAGGGACAGCGCGCCGCCGGUCAGUAACGUCGCGCUGGAGUGCCUGGUGCGAAUGGCGUCUGUGCGAAGGUCGCUCUUCGCGUCCGAGACGGAACGAAACGCGUACCUGCAGCGACUGAUUUCUGGAACGGCGGAGGUUCUCGCACGGAACCAAGGCCUGGGCGAGCACGCCAACUACCACGAGUUCUGCAGGCUCCUGUCCCGGCUGAAGACCAAUUACCAGCUGUCGGAGCUCGUCGCGGUUCCGGGGUAUCAGGCUUGGAUCAACGCGGUGGCGGAGUUUACCCUCACCUCGUUGCAGUCGUGGCAGUGGGCGUCCGCGAGUGUGUAUUACCUCCUGGCGCUGUGGUCGCGAUUGAUCUCGAGCGUGCCGUACCUUAAAGGCGAAACGCCGAGCAUGCUGGACGCGUACGUGCCGAGAAUCACGGAGACGUUCAUAACCUCCCGGCUGGACAGCGUCACCGCGGUUGCGAGAGGCGAGGCCGAGGAGGACCCCUUGGACGACGAGGAACGCCUGCAGGAUCAGCUCGAGUCGCUCCCGCACCUGUGCAGGUUCAAGUACGACACGACGGUCGCUUUCCUGGUUCGCAUGCUCGACCCGGCGAUCGCAGAGUUUAACCAGUGCACCAACAUGCCGCUCGGGUCGCACCCGGGAAAUUUGGAGAUUGUGGAGGGCAGGCUCACCUGGCUGGUGUACAUCGUCGGCGCGGUGAUCCGCGGCCGGCUCUCGUGCUCGAGCGCGGAGCCGCAGGAGACGUUGGACGGCGAUCUCGCGUUUCGGGUCUUCCAGCUGAUACAGGUUAUGGACAUGGGAUUCCACGCUACCAGAUACGGAGCCGAGUCGAGGCAGCGGCUCGACUUGGCGGUGCUCAAUUUCUUUGGAAACUUCCGGAAGGUGUACGUCGGAGAGCAGGCGAUGCACAGCAGCAAGGUGUACGUGCAGCUGUCGGAGCGCAUGGGUCUCCACGAUCACCUCAUGGUCAUGAACCUGACGGUGACCAAGAUCACGAUGAACCUGAAGUCUUUUGCGCAGUGCAGCAAAGUUGUGGAGUCUUCGCUGAAUUUGUUGCAGGACCUCGCCGUGGGCUUCAUGUCCGGUAAACUUCUUUUGCGUCUGGACGCGAUCAAAGGCACCUUAGUCGCGCACACCCCGGAACACUUCCCGUUCCUGGCGCAGUACGCGAACACGCGGAACAGGACGAUUUUCUACGCGACGCUCGGCAGACUCUUGUUCAUGGACGAUUCCGCGGAAAAAUUCCACGAGUUUAUGGCUCCGUUUGGGGAUUUAUGCGACAGGUUGGCGGCGACUGACGCGCACACCUUCCGCACGCACGAGGUGAAGCACACGCUCAUCGGUUUAUUCCGUGACCUGCGCGGCAUUGCGUCAGCCGCCAACAGUAGGCGCACGUACGGCCUGCUGUUCGAUUGGAUGUACCCGCGGCACACGGGGCUUCUGCUGCGGGCGAUGGAAAAUUUUGCCGACGAUCCGCAGGUGUCCACUCCGCUUCUCAAAUUCGUAGCGGAGUUUGUGCUGAACAAGACGCAGCGCCUGACGUUCGAGCCCUCGAGUGUCAACGGCAUCUUACUGUUCCGCGAGAUUUCGAAAUUGAUCGUCGCCUACGGGCAGCGGAUCAUGCAGGUGCCGCCGCCAAAGCCGGGGAGCAGCGAGGCGUACCCGCUGCGAUUUAAGGGCAUCUGGAUCGCGCUCACCGUGCUCAUGCGCGCGCUGAGCGGAAACUACGUUAACUUUGGGGUGUUCGAGCUUUACGGGGACAACGCGCUGAAAGAUGCGCUCGCCGUGGCCAUACAGCUGUCGCUGUCCAUGCCCCUGGAGGAGGUGCUCACGUACCGAAAAGUCGCCAAGAGCUACUUUGCGCUCGUCGAGGUGCUGUGCCACUCGCACAUGGCCGUCGUCGCCGCGUGCGACGCACCGACUUUUGGACACAUCGCGAGAUCUCUGGAGGCGGGUCUGAGGUCUCUGGACGUCAGCAUAUCUAGCCAGUGCGCGAGCGCCAUUGACAACCUCGCGGGCUUUUACUUCAAGGCGAUGAAUCUUGUCGCGGGGGAGAAUCCGCAGAGGGGGUCGGAGGAGCUGGCGAGGCACGUGCAGGCGCAGCCCGGCAUCUUCCCGGACAUGCUCCGGACUUUGUUCGACAUCGUGCUGUUCGAGGACUGCGCCAACCAGUGGUCGCUGUCGCGGCCGAUGCUCUCGCUGAUUUUGGUGUGCGAGCAUCAGUACGUGGAGCUGAAGGCGCAGAUCGCGGCGACGAUGCCGCCGGCGAAGCGGGGGAAGAUGGAGGGGUGCUUUGAGAAGCUGAUGAGCGAGGUGACCCGGAGCCUGGAGAGCAGGAACCGGGACAGGUUCACGCAGAACCUCACGGUGUUCAGGCACGACGCGAAGGCUUGAGCUAGACUUGUGAUUGAUCGAUGAGAGCCCUCGUGACGU